AUGGACGGGGCCAGGCCAUCCCGCCCGGACCGACCAUAUCAGCGCACCUACAAAGCAUGCAUCCCUUGCCGGGCACGCAAGGCCAAAUGCGAUCUGGGAACGGGUCCAGACGGCUUACCGAUCGGCCCACCGUGUGCGCGAUGUCGCAGGGAGAUGCGCGAGUGCGUCUUUCCUGAGAAGCGCGCUUGGGAGAGAUCGCGUAAACGCGGGCGCUCUGUCGAUGAUAAUGAGCAGGUGUCGCCGGUUGGCGAGGCUGCGGGCUCUUCGCCGGAGGCUGUGAAGAGGCACUUUACUCAGGCUCAUCAGUCGCAGUAUCCGGAUACUACGAGCCCGUUUCAGCAGGGCUGGUCGUUUGGGCAUCAGCAGUCGCCGCAGAAUGGACAUUGCUCCCAGAUUGGGAUCAGUCCUGUUCAGGCAGCGGAUGUGAACAUGCAAACUAAUCCAUCCCCGUCGCAAUCGUAUCAUGACCAUCGACACCGGUCGAGCUCUACUCUGGCCAGCUCGAUGAUGCGGACGGUUGUUGCGAGUGGAAAUGAUGCGCUGAAUAUUCUUUUCGAGGCGGCGACUGCUCAAGACCAGGAAGACAAUACGUCGAAUGAGACAGAUACUCCCCAUAGGGUUGGCUCAAAGUCGGGCGCACCGAAUGGCAGAGAGCGAUCUACCCCGAGGAAUUUUGAAAGCCCGACUACAUUUGAGUCGGCUCCUAGAGCUCAGCAUCCGGUCAGCAUAUCUGAUGUGGAUCCUGAGACAUUGCAGGUGUGGGAGGCUUGUCGAUUCGUCAGGAUGGGCUGGUUUACUGCCAGGGAAGCAGUCACAUUUGUUGACUUGUUCUUCAAAAAUAUGUGCUGCUUGUCCCCGAUAUUGACAUUCUUCUACUCCAAUCAUCGACACCACUAUUGGCUCAUCUCAAGAGAACCCGUCCUUUGCUGCACGAUUCUCAUGGUCUCGUCUCGCUAUCACAUUCUCCCUGGAGCUGGUGGAGAUUCAAGGAAUUUCUUCAUUCAUCAUCGGCUAUGGCAGCACUGCCAGCAAUUGACAAUGCGGCUGAUCUUUGGUCAAGAAAAGUCUACCAAGUCUAAAAUCAGAAGUUUGGGCACUGUGGAAGCGCUCCUGCUGAUGGCAGAAUGGCACCCUCGAUCUCUACAUUUCCCACCUGAAAUGGACGGGUGGGAUGAUGACCUCAUCCUGUCGCCUUCAAAGCCCUCUGAAAAUACAGAUUCGAAUCCAAACUCGGCUAAUCGCUGGUUGGAGGAUAUGAUCGAGCCUUCCAGACGAUCAGAUCAGAUGUCUUGGAUGCUCCUUGGAUGUGCACUUUCUCUUGCCCAUGAACUAGGGAUAUUCGAGACGGAAGAAACCAAUUCGCCAGACGAGGAGCAGGAGUGGAAGGAGCAAAUGACCUUACGACGACAACGAGUACAGCGUCUUUUGUACGUAUAUAUCAAUCAAUUGGCCUGGCGCAUUGGAUGUAUGUCACCGAUCCCGCAAUCGCUGAAUCACGCUGUCCUGGGCGGCCGAAAGCCUCGAGGCCUAAGCCAACCCGGGAGCACCUGGCUUAUCUUCAUGGAUUCCUGGAUCGAACUGACCAAGCUCGCACAAUCUGUGACGGACAUGUUCUUUCCGUCUGCCAAGUUCGCGCGCCAACAACUGCACAGCGGCCGCUAUGUUGGUCUUCUCGAGCAUUUCCGCCCACUGCUCAAUCAAUGGAAAGACAAGUACCUGCAGCCAGAUGUGCUUGACAAGGCCUUUUACAACGACCUCUUCAUCGAGUAUCAUUUUGUCAGAGUGUAUACUCAUUCAGUGGGAAUGCAGGCUGUGGUCGAGCGGGUGGUGGCAGAUGCCGACUCACAUAACUUCGACGAAGUACGACCGAUGACCAUCGACCCAACAGACUAUGACUAUAUACAAGAAGUGAUCGACGGCUGUUGUCAGAUUUUGCAGAAAUGCAUCCAUCUUCCUCAUGAAGGCACUCAGCCUGGGUACCAGACAAGCAGUACUCGAGGAAUCGCUCGAGGUGCUGGAAAAAGCAUCAGCGCAUUGAAAUCAAACGCGCUGGACGACGUCCACCUCAGCACUCGCUACGCCACACUGCUGGAUUUGCAUGUCUCACGACUACGGCGCAACCUGCUGGCGUCUUCCAAAAACGGGAAGCAUAGUCGAGGGGCCACGCGCCGGUCAUCGAUGGGACCUCCGCCCUGGCCGGACAAUGGAGAUCGUCCAAACACUAUGAAUACACCAGUAUCCCAGGAUCUGGCUUCGUCGGAUUUGAACUUCAUCCCCUCGAUCAACGAAAUGGACGACUGGCUGUCUCUGCCAUUCGACCCGUCCAUGGCGCCAUUUAGUAUGAGUACCGGGGCGCAAUUUCCCAUGUGUGAAGGUGGGGCUUUGGAUUUCAUAUGGAACCUCCCAUCGUGA